AUGAAAUUAUUUAGGUUUGCAUACAGAUUCUCAAAAUACUCUUCAUAGAAUCAUUCACUUUUAUAACAAAUAUAUUCAUAUAACUAUAGAGAUCACUAUAUUGCUUAUAUGAUUUUAGAUCAUUAAUCAAAAUCAAUAAUUUCAAUUGAUCCUGGAGAUUUUGAAGCUGCUUUCUAUAAUAUAAAAAAUUUGGAAAUAAAUUCAGGAUAUAAAUUGAAUUAUAUCUUAUAAACGCAUGGAAGAUCAAAUCAUACUGCAAGUGUUUUGGAACUCUAUUCAAAAUUUAAAGAAGCAAAAGUUUAUAGUGGAAUCGUUGAAAAUCAAUUAGGCACACUGUUUUAAACUGAUUUUGCGAGAGAAUUUUAACCUUUUUAAAUAGGAGAUUUAGCAAUUUGUUACAUUUAAGCAAAUGGACGUAAUUUAAUUUUAUUUUUUAUUAAGACUCCUUUGAUAAUUAUAUGAUAGCUAUUACAGAUACUAAUUCUUAAUCAACUAAAAUUCCUAUUUUAUUUUCAGGUGAUACGAUAUUAGUGAAGUAUAUUCUUAUAAAUUAUAGUAAGCAAUGUUGGUGAAAUUGAGGAUUAUGGUAAAUUUUUUGCUACACUUUAAAAAUUAAGAGGAUUUCAUGAUGAAACUCUAAUCUUUCCAGGUCAUCUUCCUUAGUAGGAAGUUUUUCUAUUUUCUAAAACUCUUGAACCAGAUAAUAUUAUUAUUUAAAAUAAAAUGGGAUUAGAUAAUUUGAUUCCAACAACAUUAAUUGAAGAAAGAAUGGGAAAUCCAUAUUUUAGAUAUGCGUAAUUGAAUGGCAAAGUUAAAGAACCAGAUCCUAUUAAGUACUUAAAAAAAUUAAAAAAUAUAUAAAAUAAAUAUUUUAAUGGAUAAAAGGUAUGAGAAAG